AUGCCAAAAGAAAAUAUCGGACCUGUUGAAAUUCUGAAUUUUUUAAAGUGGCAUGACUAUUUUCCCAAUGCAAGUAUUGCAUAUAGAGCUCUGUUGACCAUUCCUAUGACAGCUGCAUCGGCGGAAAGAAGUUUUUCUAAGUUGAAGCUAUUGAAGUCCUAUAUGCGUACUACUAUGACACAACAAAGACUCAAUGAUUUGGACACAAUAGCACUUGAGAGUGAAGUGUUGGAGAAGAUUGAUUACGAGGAUAUCAUUGAAGAUUUCAUUUCAAAGAAUACUAAAAGAAUGAAGUUUUUCAAAUAA